UACCUACAGUAAUACCUACUUCGAUUGAUACCUCAAAUCUCUCUCAUACAUCCUUACCUUGCACUCCCAGUUAUCACAUUAAACGCAUCUCAACCAUGAUUAUCGAAGACCAAAGGAUAAUCCAUGAGGAUAUCGAGCGGUUGGAACAAGCCAUCGCCGACCGCAUCAUUGACGAUCCCACUAACAUUCGCGACCGGUUACACCGAGACCACCAGAUCGCAGGCUUCCUCCAACGGAUCGAAGAGCAGUCGCAAAGAUUGCUCGACAUCUACAAAGAUGCGGACAAGUCGCGCGCUCGGGAAAUCCAGACCCUUUCCACCAGCGACCAGUUCGAAACCUUCUACUCUAACCUGAAAGACAUCAAAGCGCACCACCGGAAAUAUCCCAAUGAACCGGUCGAGAAUCUCGAGAAGGCGUACCAGAACCGCGGCCCGGGGGAAAAUGGACCAUCCGGGGGCGUGGACAUCGACGCGAUAUUCACGGGCGAGGAGACGUACGGAAGGUUCUUUGACCUGACGGUGCUACACGAGGACUACCUCAACCUGCCGGGAGUAAAAGGAGGAAAGCGAGUCACAUACCCCCAAUAUCUCGACAUAUUCGACAAGUUCACACCACCCGAGUGCACCGUCAAGCCGCCGGACAAGAUGAAGGAGCCGUAUUUCCAAUACAUCACGGCGCUGGCGGAGUAUUUGGAGGGGUUCAUGCGACGGAUACGGCCGCUGGAAGACACCGACAAGCUCCUUACGCAGUUCGACGAAGAGUUCGAGAAAGCCUGGGCCAGCAACGAAAUCGAAGGCUGGGGCGCAAAGGCUGCACAGCCGUCAAAACCCGCGACGAGCCCGUCCGAGGCCGUCUAUUGCGACGACUGCGAGAAAGAGUUCGGCAACGAGAACACGUACAAAGCGCAUUUAAACGGGAAAAAGCACAUUCGCGCCGCGGAGGCCAAGAAGCAGCGCGGCGGCACUAGAACAAGCGACGCCCCCGGAACCGACAAGGCGACGGCCUCAAUCCAACGACUGAAAGAGCGUGCCGUGGCGGAGCGGGAAUUCCGGGUGCAGAAGUUCGCGAACGCGAUGCAGACGAUCCGGCACGAUACCCGCAGCAACGUGGAGCGGAAGCAGGGCAUGACGGAGAAGGAGCGGCAGCAGGAACUCGCGGCCCUGUUCGCGGAGCAAUCGGAGGUGCUGGGCGGAACGAGAGACGAGGGGGAGGAGUCGGACGACGAGGAGAAGAUUUACAAUCCGUUGAAGCUGCCGCUGGCGUGGGAUGGCAAGCCGAUCCCGUAUUGGCUAUACAAGCUGCAUGGCUUAGGGGUCGAGUUCCCGUGCGAGAUCUGCGGGAACUUCGUGUACAUGGGACGACGAGCAUUCGAUAAGCAUUUCAGCGAGGCGCGGCAUAUCCAUGGGUUGAAGUGCCUGGGCAUCACAAACACGACGCUCUUCCGCGAAAUCACGCGGAUCCAGGACGCGAUCAACCUGUGGGAUAAGAUCCAGAAGGACAAGAAGAAGGAGAAGUCGUCCACGGAGAAUGUGGUGCAGAUGGAGGAUGCGGAGGGCAAUGUGAUGCCGGAGAAAGUGUAUUACGAUCUGCAAAAGCAGGGGCUGCUGUGAACCGUUCCUUGGAGCGGUCGCUUGCGCUUCGCUUGUACUAUUAGACAAAUAUAUUCCUCAAUGCGGACGGUUGCCACCCG